AUGUAUCCUCUCCGCCGGAAGGCUCCCCUAUCGCCGUCGGACUCCUCCAUGAAGCACCAUAGCGGCCGGAAGGGCGGCAACCUAUCCGUUGCGGCCGUCGUGGUCUCAGUGGUCAUCUUUGUGGCAUUCAUCUACGGCGGGGACAUCACUUCCACUGCGAAAUUCUCCUUCGCCAGAUCCAGAUCCUUCCCUGAGAUCGACAACCACCGUGAUUCCUCUCCGGAGGCCCUAGAGAAGACUCCGCCGGCCUUGGAGGAGGCCGGUGAGGAGCAGCUUGACGCCGCAGUUGACGACGACAGCGAACUCGACGAUGUGGCCGGCGUGCCCGACUCUUGCGACAUAUUCACGGGCAGCUGGGUUUUCGAUGAGGAGACGCGCCCGCUGUACAGGGAGGAGAAGUGCGGAUUCCUGACGGAGCAGGUUACCUGCAUGCGGAACGGCCGGCUCGACGACGGCUACCAGAAGUGGCGAUGGCAGCCCCAGGACUGCUCCCUGCCCAGGUAAUAACUCCCUCCCUUAUUUCUCUCUCUCUCUCUCUCUCUCUCUCUCUCUCUCUCUCUCUCGCUCUCUAACUGGGAAUAUGGGGAUGGGGGGAAGGUUCAAGGCGAGGGUGCUGCUGGAGAGGCUGAGAGGGAAGCGCCUCAUGUUCGUGGGCGACUCGCUGAACAGGAACCAGUGGGAAUCCAUGAUCUGCCUCGUCCAGUCCGCCGCGCCCCCCGGGCGCAAGUCCCUCAGCAAGGAGGGCUCCCUCUCCAUCUUCCGGAUCGAGGUACUCGCCGCCGUCGCAGACCCUCUCGACCUCGGCCUCUCCGAGGCCUGACGCAAAGAUGAAAACCCGCUUCUGUCCGCAGGAUUACAAUGCGACGGUGGAGUUCUACUGGGCGCCUUUCCUCGUGGAGUCAAACUCCGACGACCCGAGGAUGCACAGUGUUCCCGACCGCAUCAUCAUGCCGGAGUCGAUCGCCAAGCACGCCCAGCACUGGACCGGCGCCGACUACCUCAUCUUCAACACCUACAUUUGGUGGAUGAACAAGGCCACCAUGAAAGUCCUGUGGGUCACCUCUCUCUCCUCUCUCUCUCUCUCUCUUUCUCUCUGUGGAUCCCUCGAUCUGUGGGAUCGGAUUGUCAUGUCGCGCUUCCCCGUGGACCAGGCGGGGAUCUUUUGACGGAGGCUCUACGGAGGUGGAAGAGAUAGAGCGGGUCGCCGCCUACGAGAGGGUGCUGAGGACGUGGGCCAAUUGGGUGGACGAGAACGUGGACCCCCACCGUACCUCGGUGUUCUUCAUGAGCAUGUCUCCUCUACACCUCAAGUAAUUAUUCUGACUCUCACCUCAGACUUCCAUUAUUCCUUCCCACCCUCCUCCUCUCUCCCUGAACUCGGGUUUCUGUAAACCUCAGGAGCUUGGACUGGAACAACCCGGAGGGGAUCAAGUGUGCCAAGGAGACGACGCCGGUGCUGAACACGACGGCGCAGCUGAACGUGGGGACGGACCGGCGACUGUUCGCCCUGGCGGCGGCGGCCACUGGCGGCGCGAGGGUGCCCAUCUCGUUCCUGAAUAUCACGACGCUGUCCGAGUACCGCAAGGAUGCGCACACUUCGGUGGACACCCUCCGGCAGGGGAAGCUCCUCACGCCGGAGCAGAAGGCCGAUCCGCAGGUCUACGCAGACUGCAUCCACUGGUGCCUGCCGGGGCUCCCAGACACCUGGAACGAGCUCCUCUACGCCCUCAUCAUCCACCGACCUCCCCCCGCAGAUGUGAAGGCUCCGCAGUUGCCUCCGCACGUGGCCACCGACGAUUGA